AGUAGCGCCGUGAGACGGAUGCUGGGAUUGCGUAAUCACGCUCCUGCUCUGCGUCAGGUGGCGUGUAGAGCGAAAAAAGGACCUUCGCCUUGAGAAAGUUUUUAACUUUCCAACGAGCGGGUUGACCACGCAAUGUGUAGGGUCAAUGAAUGGCGGUGAUUAGAAUUGAAGUAAUUUAGCUCGUGCGCAUCAAUGCGUGUAUUGUUAACGUGUGUGGGUCCUGUUAUGAUUUUGUAAAUCACCGCUUCAGAUUGCAGAUAACAGAUCGGUUACCACCCGGGCAUCAACUGAGUCCUCUCCGGGCAAACUCACCCUGGCCCCGGGCAGCAUCUUCCGCGUCCUCGGGGCAUCACUGGUUUCACUCAGCGUUAAGAUUACUCCCCAGGCUUGGCUAUGAGGGACCGCAUGGAGGAGCUGGAGGCGGUGGCAGAGGAGGUGUCAAUGGGCUCCAGCGGAGGAGAGUGGGAGAGGGAGCGAGGAGGGGGAGGGAAGUGGGAGAGUGACAAGUGUGGCUCGGAGGAGGAUUACUAUGAUGAUGAUGAAGAGGAGGAGGAUGAUGAGGAGGAGAAGGAGAGGAGGCAGGAGGCCGUGGUGUUCGAGGAGGACGACUCCCCCAUGCAGGAGGCGCUGAGGGAGGCGCAAGACAUGCGCAGAGAGAUCGCACUACUACGCAUGGAGGUGGAGCGUUUGCGGUCUCAGGCGUCACGCUGCAAGAGGACCGUACGCAGACUCAGCUUCAUGAGGGGAUCCAAUGCCAUAGGUCUGAGUGUUAAGCAGCGUGCUGAGGCCCUGGUGCGUCGACUGGCCUCGUACGAGCGCAUGUGUGAGGAGCUGGAGCACCAGCACGGGGCCUAUGCGGCGGUGUGUCGGGCGGCCAGGGGACAGCACCUCUCGCUGGGCCACGCACUGGCCGACGCCCUGCAGGACUACCACAACGCAGAGCUUCAACUGAGACAGGAGAGCAGCGCAAGGCUGCAGAGACAAGCAGAGAUCCUGGGCAGAACGCUCACACAGGAUCAGGUGGAGGAGAUGGUGGAGGAGGGAGGGUGGGGAGCCUUCAAACAGGACCUGCACCCAGAGGGCAUGACCGCACGCUGCGCUUUCAAACAGGUUCAGGAGCGCCAUAAAGAGCUAGUUGAGCUGGAGUCCCGGCUGCGUGAUAUCCAUGAGCUCUUCCUGACGCUCGCUACCAUGGUGGAACAGCAGGGGGCAGUCCUGAACAGCGUGGAGCUCAACGUCAUGGCAACACACGACUACGUGGACAAGACCAACGAGAAGUUCAAGACGGCCAUCAGGUAUCGCAAGAAGAACCCCUGCGCUCAGAUGUUCUGCUCUUGCUUUCCCUGCUGGAAACAAGCUACAGGAUGAAGACUGGACACACACACACACACACACACACACACACACACACACACACACACACACACACACACACACACACACACACACACACACACACCUAAUCUGCACUGAGAUGUUCUGUUCUUGCUUUCCGUGCUACACAGUGAUGGGUACACACACACGCACACACACACACACGCACAUACCCUUUCCCCCCGUCAAUGGCUGGCAUUACUUGAAGCUCGUCUUCCAUCUUUUACCAUGACGUGGAGACCUGCCCCACAAGAAGUCUUCUGAUGUCACUGAGUGUAAAGUAACAUUACUAUAUACGUAUAUAAUGUAUUUAAAAGCAAACCCUGAUGUUUGAAGAGUAAUCAUUACUGCUUGUGAGGUAAUCCUGUACAUUUGUGAAAAUAGGCUUUUUACUUUGUUUUCCAUGUCUGUGUUUCAUUUUGUCACUAUUUACCGUCCCAAUUUAGACGCGAACUGUUCAGUGCAUAUGUUUAUGAUAUUGCAUUCCUCACAUGUAGGCCUAUUUAACUAUUCUGUAAUGGUGUAUGGUGGGGGAAGUGUGUUUAAGAAAAUGUUCUGACGUGAUGGAUGUGUCAUUGCACUGUUCUUUUAUGCACUUAAGAAAUAAAAAUGAUUACAGUUC